AUGUCAACUGGCAAUCAGUAUUGGAUGCCGGACCACCUCUGCAAGGUAUGCUAUGACUGCUCUGCAGCAUUCUCUCUCUUCCGACGUCGUCACCAUUGCCGACUGUGCGGGCAAAUCUUUUGUCACGAGUGCAGCAACCACUUUAUUGAUGGUACACCUCACAGGUUUCCAGGUAUCGUUCGAGUGUGUAAGUUCUGCUUCCAAUUUGCAGACGCAGCUGGUGGGAAGAAGAAGAUAGAUGAAAGCGAACAAAGACUUAACUCGAGCGAAAGUUUGGAUGGAAAUGAGACGUCGAGAAAUUCUUUGUCUGGUCGGUUUGACCGUUUGUCACGCCGGUUGAGUGGGGAAGUUGGCUCUACAAAGCCAUCGCCCCUUAUAUUUGGUCCAUCGGCUGAUCCGAUCGAGGAACCGAUGUUGUCAUUGUCACCUAUCGACUCGAACACAAGUGAUGUUACAGGCUUGGAUCAACUGACGGACGUAGCAUGCCUUACAACCGAGCCUAUCGAUUUAUGUGAGGAAUCUGAUAGCGUCGAUACUCGCCGGAAUUUCCGCCCACAAGUACGAACUAGAAUACGACAUUCUAGCGCAGAAUUGCUGGGUGCAAUCGAAAAUGGUAGACUGGACACAGAAGUGUUGGCUUUUCACAAUUGGGUAAAGAAUGUUUCGGCUGACAACGAGGUCUCAACUGUUUCGGAAAAGACGGCGAGGGAAAUCAAUACCCGUAACGGUAAUAACCUUUACACACAGCGAGACAUCGCGUUAGAUAAACAUAUGCAAAGGGCUCACAAGCAAAUUCGUGACGGCAUUCAGCAUUUUGCAUCAUCCGUCGCGAAUAGUUUGCCAGAGUCUGAAUUCAUUGGUCUGGAUUAUUUGGUGAAAACCUUGGAAGACAUUGCAUUUGUUGUGACGGGACAUUUGCUUUUCAGUAUGAAUUUUCGCACUAUUAGUGGUUUCAACUACGCACAUCUCGUGAAAGUGAAAAGCAUUGCAGUCGGAGCGACUGUGCAGACAAACAAGAAGGAGCCGAGCUACAGUUUCAAAUGGCUUGCUGGCACUGUGUGUCGCAAGCACUUAAGCCACAAGCAAAUGGCGCGCCAAGUCGAAAACCCUCGUAUCUUGCUGUUUGCUUGUGGAAUAAGCUACGAUCGCUCGAAGGCAUUGGGCGAAUGA